CUACAGGUAUCGUGGCUACGACAUCGGGACCUACACCUGCUCACCGUGGGACCAUACACGUACACAAGUGACCAGAGGUUCAGAGCUGUGCACACUGCUGGCUCCGAAGACUGGGCUCUCUCUAUCAAGUUCGCUCAAGUGCGUGACACUGGCAUGUAUGAGUGUCAGGUGUCCACCACACCUCCCAUGAGGCACAACAUCUGGCUCACAGUCGUAGAACCCAAGACUACCAUAUACGGGAGUGGGGACGUGUUUAUCAACAAGGGCAGCAACAUCAACCUCACCUGUGCGGUAGACUACACACCACAGCCGCCCUCCUACGUCAUCUGGAAACACAACAAUAAGGUGAUCACAUACGACAGUGAAAGAGGAGGAGUUAGUGUGGUGACGGAGAAAGGUUCCAGGACCACCACCAACCUGCUCGUGAGAGGAGCCUCUAUAGAGGACUCUGGCACUUCCUGUAACCCCAGCAGCGCUCCCGUCGCAAAGGUCCUUGUCCAUAUAUUGAACGGGGAACAUCCGGAGGCAAUGCAUCAUGGAGGCUGCUCUCCGUACGAUGUGUCCUUGGGACUUUUGGCUGCUACACUCACCUUUGUGGCCACCUUCACGUAGUGCAGCAGGAGGUCCACUCCUCUGUCUUGCUGCGGGAUGCUGCCGUCUUCUUGGUAGCCACCCACCCAUUGCUAGUGCAGCAAGAGGUCUACUCUUCUGUCUUGCUGCGGGAUGCUGCCUUCUUCCUGGUAGCCACUCACCCAUUGCUAGUGCAGCAGGAGGUCUACUCUUCUGUCUUGCUGCGGGAUGCUGCCCUCUUCCUGGUAGCCACCCACCCAUUGCUAGUGCAGCAGGAGGUCUACUCUUCUGUCUUACUGCGGGAUGCUGCCCUCUUCCUGGUAGCCACCCACCCAUUGCUAGUGCAGCAGGAGGUCUACUCUUCUGUCUUACUGCGGGAUGCUGCCCUCUUCCUGGUAGCCACCCACCCAUUGCUAGUGCAGAACGAGGGCUACCAGCAUAACACAAAGGUUACUAGCGCAACACCAUAGCUACAAUCGAGAUAACCCGUUCCUUCGACUGGUCUGUGUUACUGCUUGUAACCGCUCUCUCGAAAAUGAACAACAUUUGUGGGUACCUACAAAUUAAUUUUGUGGACAAACUUUAAUACCAGCCGUGUGGACGUCAGUAUUAUCAGCAGUGUGGAAAUCAGAAUCAUUGUAAUGUGUCGUAACUUUCACAAAUACUUCUUAAAGUGUUUGUGGUCAACUCUACUAUUGCUUGUGGUCAUCUGCACUAGUAUUUGUGGUCACCUCCACCAGUGUUUGUGGUUACCUCUACUAGUGCUUGUGGUCACCUCCACUAGUCUUGUGGAACCCUCCAAUGUUGAUAAGCAUCACAGACAAGGCUAAUAACUACCACCAGAAGAAUUUGUGGGAACUAAGUACGAGCACAAGUGUUUGUGAACCGUGUUCAAUUUAAAGCUACACACACGACAAUACAAGUGUCAAGGAACACAUGUCAUCACCAGUCACCACCAAGGAACAUAUGUCACCACCAAGGAUCACAUGUCACCAUCAGGGAACACAUGUCACCACCAGGGAACACCGUACUCACCUCGUUUCUUUGCUUAUUGGAUCUAAUCUAGAGUUCCGCACAUAAACCAUUGUCAGUGAUUUAUAGGUUGGUUUAUGAAGCUCAGAGACCAUGGACGGCACGAGGGUAAUUAUAGCUCCACGUAACCUUACUCACAGCGGACAAGAUAAAAGUAUAUAUUCUCAGCUAAUACACCUGAGAUAUAUACACCUCCCUGUGUAUAUGUCGUGCUGAAUAGGUCAAGUUGAUCAGUUAACAAGAGUUCAUUUAAAAAUAAUUAAUUUCUAAAAAAUUUUCUUAUACGUUGAAAGAUUUUUUUUCAUUUAUGCUAAUGUUAAAAUUAACAAUUUUGUACCAAAAAAACCUUAGAAAACUUACCUAACCUUAUUAUAACCAGCGCAAUUUAAUCUAGCCUAACCCAACUAAAUAUAUUUUAGAUAAGUUUCCAAUAAUUUAACAAACAAAUGAAAUAUUUUUUUCGUUAGGUUCAGAUAAAUUUUUGCGAAAUUAUUGCAUACACAAAUUUUCGCUUGCCCUAUUCGGCAAGAACAACAACUUUUACCUAUUCGGCACGACAUAAACAUCUCGUGUGUGAUUUAUCAAAGAGGCAAGUCAAUGACUUGCUAAUUUCCACUUUUAAAAUCCUUACGAACAUUGAGACAUAUAUUAAAUAUAUGUUCAUUUUUUUUUUUUGUUUGGGAACUGCGUCUAUAACAGUGCAUUGUAUAUUUUCGUUAGGACUUCUGUGAAUGUUAAUUCGUCUCAU